UAAAACAAGCCCCAAGGGCUUGGUAUGAGAAACUUAGUUCUUUUUUGUUAGAAAAUGGUUUUAGGAGAGGUCUGGUGGACAAAACCCUGUUUAUUAAACAACUAAACAAUCAUAUCCUUCUGGUUCAAGUGUAUGUUGAUGAUAUCAUCUUUGGGGCUACCUGUGCAAGUCUGUGUAGAGAGUUCGAGUAAAAAAUGAAGAAUGCCUUUGAAAUGAGUUUAAUGGGGGAACUCAACUAUUUUCUAGGGUUGCAAAUUAAACAGACUUCUCAUGGAAUCUUUGUCAAUCAGUCAAAAUAUCUGGUAAACAUGCUCAAAUGGUUUGACUUAGGAAAUCUUAAAUCUGCUCUCACUCCUAUGGCCUCCUCUGUAAAAAUAGAUAAAGAUGAAUCUGGUAUUCCCAUUAAUGAUAAACUUUACAGAGGGAUGAUAGGAUCCCUGCUAUAUCUAACUGCAAGUCGCCCUGAUAUCAUGUUCAGUGUAUGUGUUUGUGCUCGAUUCCAGAGCUCUCCCAAAGAGAGUCACUUAACUGCAGUAAAAAGGAUCUUUCAUUAUCUCAGUGGCACCUCAGACUUGGGUCUGUGGUAUCCCAGCAACUCAUCUUUAGAAUUGAUUAGCUACUCAGAUUCUGAUUAUGCUGGUUGUACAAUCGAUAGGAAGAGCACUUCUGGCACUUGCCAUUUCCUAGGAUCCUCUCUGGUUUCUUGGUUUAGCAAGAAACAAAAUUCUGUUGCGUUGUCCACAGCAGAAGCAGAGUAUAUUGCAGCUGGAAGCUGCUGUACCCAGCUUCUGUGGAUGAAGCACCAACUCCAAGACUAUGGUCUUAACUUAAAAACUCUACCUGUUCUGUGUGACAAUACUAGUGCCAUCAACAUGACCAAGAAUCCCAUCUUGCACUCACGAACCAAGCACAUAGAAAUCAGAUACCACUUCAUUAGAGAGUUGGUUGAAGAAGGUAUCAUUUCCUUGGAAUUUGUUCCCACUUCCAAUCAAUGGGCUGAUAUCUUUACAAAGCCCUUGGGCUCGGAUCUGUUUCUUUCGAAUCGUCGUGAGUUAGGUAUGUUUUCCUGGUCAGAACUUGAGAAUCUGAAGUGAUUCUGACUUUAAGUGAGUACCCUUCUGUGAAGUCGACCCCUCCUAUUCUUUAGCUCCAAGACUUACCUCCUUUCUCCCAACCUUUAGGGUCAGAAAAUAUUUUCUUUCUCAUCUUGAUUCCAUCCUUCCAUAACUUCAAAUCCUUGUAUUCUUCUUACCUUAACUCUCUAUCCUUCUACAGGAGUAUUUAUACUCUCGUAAGAUCUGAGUGCACUCUCAUCGAAUUUCUCCUUUUCUUUCUCAAAAGAAUCCUGCACCCUCUUAAGACAGUAUGGCCGGAAUCAAUCCCCAUGUGCCUCUGCAUCUGGCUCAGGUAGCUAUCUUUACUGGAAAGGGUUUCAGAAAUGCAGAGGACUAUGCUCGCUAUCUUAUUAAGUUUCAAGAUCGUCCCUUGUGUCCUUCUAUCUCACUUGAUCCAGCCCGCUUCAAUCGCUACUAUGACAUGAACAUUCCUGGGUUGAUCAAUGCUGUUGGCUGGUCAAAUCUUCCGCUGGAUCAGUGCUACAGCUUUCGUCCAGAAGCUGUACGCAUGUUCUAUGCAAACAUGCAACCAUGUUUCAACGCUGAUCCUCCCACCUUCACCACUGUGGUGUACAAUUAUUUGCUCACAAUCUCGAUCGACAUUUUGUCAUAUCUUCUUGGGUAUCCUAUUGCUGGUACUGAAGUUUUGGAUGAAGACACUUCCAGGAAGUUGGUUUCAAUGAAGUUGAAGCCAUUCGUCAGUACACAAGAGAUACAGGUGAAUAUUAUCCUUCUCAGCUUACCACUGGACGUCUCCCUGAUGAUCUCAAAGUGCUCCAUUUCUUCAUUACUCGGGUCUUCCUCCCCUGCUCUCAUGGACUCAAUAGGAUCUACCCUAUGGAUAUGUGGAUUCUGGCUAGUGCCAAAGAAAAUCGCCCCAUUAGCUAUCCUCAUCUCAUGUAUUGAUCUUCGCUACAAAGUGGCUCGGGUCGAUCUGAUUGAUACCCUUCGUGCUCAGUUUGUUCUUCACAAGGUGAAUGCCUUUGUUGGUCGUAAGCGUCCUCGAGUCAAUGCUUCAGGGGGAGAAGGGACUGUAGUUCCUGCAGCACCCUUAGUGGCUGACCCUGUUGAUGAAGCUGUUCAUGAGGAACCAGUAGCGGCUGAAAAUUUUGAAGAUGGACUCAGCACUGCCGAACUGGAGGAAGAGCUAGGAGGAGAUGAAGGGGAAAUCUCUGACUACCUGUCCUCCCAAACUUUUCCUUUCUAAGUUGCUGGGUUAUCAUAGGAGUUCUGUGUAGGGGGAGCUUGAGUGUGUUAAGUUGUGCAUUGAGUCGUGGAGUCAAACCAGAAGUGUUAUGUUUUCAUGAAUAAAGCUCUUUGAAAGAGCACUCGUAUGUCUAGGAAGUUUUAGAGUAUAGUUUUGUGAGUCUUGUGUCGUGUUGUUUGAUGUGAUCUUGGAAUAAAAGAACUCAUCUUCUGUCUUUCUCAUAAUAUGUUUAUGUGCUCAUAAUAAUUGGUAGAACAGUCUGCACGUAACCGUUUGUUAAAGUGUGUGCAGGAACCACAGUCACAGAAGAAAGAAUCAUUGACAAGCUGAGGGGGAGAAUGUUGGAAGCAGCUUGUCAAAUGAGGCUGAACCGAGCUCAUGUUUCGUGCAGAACAAGAAACAAGGAACGGUCUGAAAAAUCACAAGAAGGAAAGUUUUCAAGUUCUUGCCAUAAACCAAUUCAAGGAAGAAAAGGAAAGAAAGAGUAACGGUAUUGUGAUUGCUGAAUAAAAGGCUGAAGAGAACAAGAAGAUUGAUACUUUUCUGGAGAUCAUUCAUACAGGGAGAGCUUAGAUCAUAGCUUGUGUGUGUGAUAAGAAAAGCAAGGCUGAUCCAACUUCUGGAGAGAACUUGGGUUAGGGGUGUGUUGAGAGAAACACAGUAGCAGGAUUGUUAGUAGUGUAUCAGGGAGUGGAUUGAUUCAAUCAUCAGUCCUGGAUUGGGUUGAGUGAUUUCGGAGCUGUAAAUCUGUGUAACAGAGACAAUCUACAAGCUUAGUGAAUCUUCGGAAAUUACAUCAUCGUGAUCUUCCGACCGUGGAGUAGUCAGAGUUGGGAAUCAAUUGACCCAGCUCUGGAAACCACGUAAAAACCGACCGUGUCCUGUUCUUCCUUCGUUCUGACAGUGUGUGGGGAAGCUCACUAUGUUUCUACUAAGUGUUUGCUUGGUUGAGUGUUUAUUUGUAACAGGGGAUCGGUCUAAAAGGAACACGAGGAAGGAGGGGAAGGUUCAGUCCUUAAACACACAGUUUUGGGUAGAGCGACUCGGCUGUUCAUCACUCUUGGAUCAGAGGAAUUAAUUGAUUGGGCUUGAGGAUUCUAGCCCAGUUACAAAGAUAGCUCGAUCCAAAUUAUAUUGCUUGAUCUCUUUGUUUUGAUAUAUUCACUGCCACUCUUUGUUGCCUUUCACCUGUACUUGGCCAAAGUCGAUUUAGGUUUUUCAGGUCGAGAAGAAGACUGAAUUCUUCAUCAAGUGCAGGCUUCUCGCGCUCGAAGCCGUCAAUAGGAACUGGACAGAUGAUGUAAUGAGUUGAAUCCAGCAUGGCUUGAUCUCCAAGUUGUUCGCUGGAAUGGGCGGGUAGAGGAUGACAGGGCGGAUAUCAGCAACCCGUGGAGUGUAGUAGUACUCCAAGGUGGGACCCGGCGGCAGUGGAUGAUGAACCCCAUCUGCCUGGUGAUGCUCUAAAACACAACACCUAACAAUGGCCAAGUGUAACCAAUGAAAGGGACUGCAGUAU